UGUGGUGGAUCUCCUUAGAGAUGCAAUUACUUCACCAACUCGACGCCACAACGCUAUUACACCGGAGAAGAAAGUAAUCACAACCCUGAGGUAUUUGGCAACAGGGAAAAUGCAACAAUGCAGCAGUGAUGACUUGGGUCUGUCCCAAUCCUCCGUCAGCAGAGUCAUCACCCAAACACUGACAGCUUUGUCACAACCUAAUAUUGUGACACAAUUUGUUUCAUUCCCGCUGGAUGCCCGCACUUUACACACACAUAAAAGGGCAUUUAUGGACAUUGCAGGAUUCCCUGGCGUUGUGGGUGUAAUUGAUGGAACACAUGUGAGAAUAAUUGCGCCAUCAGAGGACGAGGCUGUCUUUGUUAACAGGAAGAAUUUCCACAGCAUCAAUGUGCAAAUAGUGUUCAAUGCGGCCUGGAAGAUUUUGGACAUUGUGGCUAAAUGGCCAGGCUCCACACAUGAUGCGAGAAUGCUCUCCGAGAGUGGCAUCAGACAGCUUUUUGAGAGACGCUAUGUGCCAGCUAAUUGCCACUUGUUAGGGGACAGUGGCUACCCAUGCAAACCAUGGCUCCUUACACCUUACCUCCAGCCACGCCAAGGGCCCCAACUAAACUAUAACAGGGCCCACAAGACAACAAGAGCGGUGGUGGAGCGUGGCAUAGGGCAGCUUAAGAGGCGCUUUCAUGUUCUCCACGGAGAGGUGCGGCUGAGGCCUGAAAAAGUCAGCAAAGUCAUCAUAGCCUGUGCAAUAUUACACAAUAUUUGCAAGGUUAGACAGAUUGCAGAACCUCUGGAGGAUGGCGAUGAGGAUGAGGAUGGAGACAACGAUGAGGAUGGCAAGCUGUAG